CCCCCUUUCAACUCACAUGCCUUUGCUGGCACCUCAGUCGCUACGCUUUAGUCGAAAGAUCUUUCGCCUAGAUAUGCGCCUUCAAACUGGGAAACUCCGUCUUACUUUUUCUAGUCGCUUUUCAGUCUAAAACACGAUGCGAAUACAUCUCCAUCUCAAUCACGGCAGCAGCAGGCGACCCACACCUACCUUUGGCGACAAUGUGCCUUCGUCCUUGACACGCCUUACACCGAAUGGUGAGCUCGUCCUCAUCGAGCUGCAAGGCUCUUUAGAAAUGAGUGGGCUGGAGGACUGUGGAGAAGGAGCGCAAUUGCUGGGCACUCUUAGCUUCGAGAAGGGUAUCUCGGAGCACCCAGUACUGACUGUGUCGCAUCAUCGACUAGAAGGCAAAAUCGUUUCACUGCAAAAGCCUCUGGCAGUACUAGAAAAGAAGAGGCGCGCAGGGAAAGAAUCAGCACAUUCUGGUGAGAAGGAGGGCGACCAAGUCCAAGGCACAGCGAAUGUGAUGGAGGAGACAAUGCAAGACGGCAUAACAAAGGCAACGAGAAGAGGGGCUCGGACAAGUCGCGUGCGCGUGCGAGCAGACUCACUGAUGAGCAAUGCAUCUGCUGGCGAAGCCGAGACGGACCCCACGAACGUAGAUGAGUGCGCAGGAACAGCCCAUUUACCGUCGAUAUCGCGGAAGCGACAGAAGCUCGACGGAAGCAAAUAUCUGGAAAAGCAUCACAAAAGCUCCAGUCUCAUCCGCGCUCCUGCUGUUAAAGACGCACUGGACUUUUCUUCAUCUCCCACUCACGCGACUGACGACGACUGGAGCAGCAGGCCCGGCAGCUCUCCCCUCCAGCGACGGGAAGGGCUCGCGCGACGGAGCACUGCAGAUAAAGUCAAAGCUGGACCGACCUCGACAUUCUACGAAGUCGUUUCCAUUGUCAGGAAGAAGAUCAUCUUUUCCAAAAGGCCAGAGCCCCACGUGAAGAACAGGUGACUUUUAGUAGCAAAUGCUUUGGGGAUCGGAUCUGUUCUCGCUAAUUCCGAGUGCGGGUGUAUUUGGUAUUUCGUUCACUCGGAUGCUUCAUGCUUGGCACUGUGUCCCUGGCGCUCGGAAGAACAAUCGUGCUUCACAGCGGCGUAUCCCGGCGUUGAGCAUGGUCUUGCAGCGCUCGGAGCGAAGCUAUUCACCUGAAUCCAGCUUUGCCUCGCGUCCACUACUUCACCCUUUUACGCUAAGCUCUUGCCUGAGAGGUGAAGUCGCAUAGUUUGCAG